GUAGGCACCUCAACCAUUUAAAAAACUUAAAACAGGUUAUUCACCGAAAAGGUUUGACACCAAUGCAGACGUGUUCCUGACUUAAUUUAAGCCCCUGCUUUUUUUAAUCUUGCAUGUCUUCAUCUGUUGCUGAACUUGUUGUCCUCUUCAGUGUGUGUGUGUGUGUGUGAAAAAGUCAUGCCAAUGCAAGAGAAGUUCUGCCAAUGAGACUUUAGAAAGGCGGGUUCUUGUUCUAGUUCUUAAAAGAUCGCUUUUUUCUGGGAUUUUCAGCUUAUUUGUAUCUACAAAAAAGGUGAGGAUUGUAGCUUAUUGAAGACAAUGGGAGUUGUUACAGUUGCUGAACUGAAGCCAAACAUAUCAGGGAAGAGGCCUUUUCGUCCCGGUUCAAGUGCAAGACCUGUCAAUGAAUGGCCAAUAUCUGAUGUUUCCAGUGACCUGACUGUUGAAGUUGGAACGGCAAGCUUUGCACUACACAAAUUCCCUCUAGUUUCACGAAGUGGAAGAAUACGAAAACUAUUGCUUGAAACAAAAGAUCCCAAAGUAUCAAGGUUGAAUCUUGCUGGUGUUCCUGGUGGCUCUCAGGCAUUUGAGCUGGCUGCAAAGUUCUGUUAUGGGGUUAACAUUGAGAUUACAACAUCAAACGUCGCUAUGCUUCGUUGUGCAGCUCAUUUUCUUGAAAUGACCGAGGAAUUUUCUGAGAAGAAUCUUGAAUCUAGGACUGAAGUAUACCUCAAGGAAAAUGUGUUCCCAAACAUACCCAACUCAAUCUCCGUUCUUCAUCAUUGCGAAAGUCUGUUGCCAAUAGCAGAAGAGAUUAAUCUUGUUAGCCGGAUGAUCAAUGGGAUCGCAGACACUGCAUGUAAAGAACAGUUAACUUCAGGGUUGUCCAAGCUGGAGCAUAACUUCCCUUCAGAACAAGUUCAUGGCCCUGAUGCAGAAACGGCUUGGGAUUGGUGGGGAAAAUCGCUCGUUUUGCUGAAUCUGGAUUCAUUUCAAAGGGUUCUGUCAGCAUUCAAGACAAAGGGCCUGAAACAGGAUAUAAUCAGCAGAAUUCUGAUAAAUUAUGCCCAAAACUCCCUUCAAGGCCUUGUAGUCAGAGACCCUCAACUGCUGAAAGGAAAUUCCUCUGAUCUUGAUCUGCUGAAAAAACAAAAAGUCACCAUCGAGACGAUCGUUAGCUUACUACCGACGCAGUCAAGAAAAAGCGCUGUUCCAAUAGCAUUUCUUUCAAGUUUGCUGAAAUCUGCAAUUGCAGCAUCAACAUCCACAUCAUGCAGAUCUGAUCUUGAGCGACGGAUCAGCCUGCAGUUGGACCAAGCAAUUCUUGAAGACAUUCUGAUUCCAGUAUAUUCACAUGGAAACAACCACAGCCCUCUGUAUGAAACAGAUUCAGUCCUGAGGAUUUUCUCCAUGUUCUUAAAUCUGGACGAGGACGAUGAAGAGGAUAAUCAGUUCACAAGGGAUGAAAAUGAGAUGGUCUACGACUUUGACAGCCCUGGAUCACCGAAACAGAGCUCAAUUCUUAAGGUUUCCAAACUUUUGGAUAAUUAUCUUUCAGAGGUUGCACUAGAUUCAAACUUGACUCCAUCAAAGUUCAUAGCCCUUGCAGAGUUACUCCCGGACCAUGCUCGUGUGGUUCACGAUGGGCUUUACCGAGCUGUAGAUAUUUUUCUCAAGGUUCAUCCCAACCUAAAGGACACAGAACGUUACCGGCUAUGCAAAACUAUCGACUGCCAAAAACUUUCUCAAGAAGCCUGCAGCCAUGCAGCCCAGAACGAACGAUUACCAGUGCAGAUGGCCGUUCAAGUUCUAUACUUUGAACAAAUCAGGUUGAGAAAUGCCAUGAAUGGGGUUGGGGGGCACAAUCAAUUUUUCUUUGGCUCAAUAAACGGGCAAUUCCCUCAUCGUUCAGGGAGCGGAGUAGGCAGCGGAUGCAUCUCGCCACGAGACAACUAUGCAUCAGUUAGAAGGGAAAAUCGGGAACUAAAACUUGAAGUAGCCCGAAUGAGGAUGAGGCUAACUGAUCUUGAAAAAGACCACGUCUCCAUGAAACAGGAGCUGGUGAGAUCACACCCCGCCAACAAGUUAUUCAAGUCAUUUACGAAAAAAUUAAGCAAGCUCAAUCUGUUUUUCCGGAUUAAAGACAUAAAGACUAUAGGGGGCAAGCCUAAUUCUGAAAGCCGGUUCACUUUUCAGAAGAGGAGGCGUCAUUCGGUUUCAUGAUUACCACCUCGUCCACUGCAUGUAAAUAGAACUGAAUGCAUAGGAUCAUUGUUGUGUGUUUGUGUGAUUUUGAGGUCUGUACGCAGUAUGCUGAUGAGCUUUUCGGUACUGUUUUCUGUUGUGAAGUGAGCAUGCUUGCCUGUCUAUUUGAUGCAUUCUUCAAAAGUAAAGAAUCAAACACCUUUAUAGUUCACUCCUAACUUAAAACACAUUCCAAAUCUACAUUAGUUCAGCCUGACCAUAAUCACAACAAUUUGAUCAUAACUUGAUCAUUCACUGAGAGUUCUAAUAAAUUUUAUGCAGAACCAGGAUAAAUCACCCAAGAUCCCCCUCAACCGAUGUCUUGCAACAUCAUUGCUACUGUAAGAUUACAAGUUUACAGUGGUAAAAAUUCGAGGGAUCUAUAUUGGUAAGCUUUCAUGCAUUAGAUGAAGCUUUCCAACGUCCGACUCUUUUAUUUUUGGUCGAAAAUAGAGUACCUUAUUUUGUAUUAUUUGAGGAAAACUGCUAAUCAAAAGAUACAAAAAGAACAUUAUUACAUUAUAUAAUCAGGAUCAGUCAUCAAGCUCGAUGCAUAAAAACAUGCUUAAUGACUGACUGACUAUUCACUGUUAGAGCUUCUUCACUACUCUCUUGAUCAGCCAACUUAUAUCUAUUUUCUCAUCUGCUUUUUCUGCUAACAUUAAUAAUUAGUUCAGUGGAAUUACUUAACUAUAAGUAUAUAUAUUCAUGAAAUCCUAUUUAUAUCCAGAUAGCUUUAGCCUUCUUGAGCAGUGGGACUAGCUUGCCUUUGACAUGAAGGCUCAUGACCUCAUUGUCACCUCCAACCAAUUCUU